AUGGCAUCAAGACUCGUGUCCAUGCGGCCCCGAACCAUGCUCAAGCAUGCGACUCAAGCAAAUGCUUUGCUUAUAAGAUCUUUCUCCAUCUCUAUCAGCCGCCAUGGCAUCAACAAGGUUAUCUCGUCGGCUGCAGAGGCGCUGAAGGAUAUGAGACCAAAUACGACGCUUCUAUGUGGCGGCUUUGGUCUUUGUGGUGUCCCAGACACGCUCAUCAACGAAGUCCUCAACAAGCCUGAUGUCACCGGAUUAACAGCUGUUUCUAACAAUGCUGGAACUGAUGACUUCGGCCUAGGAAAGCUCUUGAAAAGUAGACAAGUGCGCAAGAUGGUUGCAUCUUAUAUCGGAGAGAACAAGACUUUCGAGAAGAUGUAUCUUACAGGCGACAUUGAACUGGAACUUACGCCUCAAGGCACCCUUGCAGAACGCUGUGCUGCGGGCGGUAAAGGCAUCCCGGCUUUCUAUACGCCUGCUGGCGUCGGAACUGUUGUUCAAAAUGGCGACCUCCCGUCUCGGAACAAACCCAUUGGGUCUUCUGGCGAUGCGAAGUUCCCAAAUCCCAAAGAUGUCAAGGUCUUCGACGGCAAGCCAUAUCUGCUUGAAAGCAGCAUCACAGGUGAUUACGCCUUUGUAAAGGCUUUCAAGGCAGAUAAGUUGGGAAACUGUCAGUUUCGUCUUGCAGCCCAGAACUUCAACGGUCCAAUGGGUCGCAAUGCUACGAUGACUAUCGUUGAAGCCGAGCAUAUCGUCGAACCUGGGGAAAUUCCCCCAGAGUCAGUUCAUUUGCCGGGCAUUUAUGUGAAGCGAGUCAUCGAAAGCACUGCGGAGAAAGGCAUUGAAAAGUAUACUUGGGCCGAGCAAGACAUCAAGACUUUGGGUCAGGGCGAGGUUGCUGCAAAGAGAGAGCGUAUCGUCCGACGAGCAGCGAAGGAGUUCAAGAAUGGGAUGUACGCAAAUCUUGGAAUCGGUAUGCCCAUGCUGGCAGCCUCGUUUGUUGGACCUGAUGUUGAUGUACAGCUUCAAUCGGAGAAUGGUAUUUUAGGUCUCGGGCCAUAUCCAUCCAAAGAGCGCAACGAAGCUGAUCCAGAUCUCAUCAACGCUGGCAAAGAAACAGUCACAUUGAAGCCUGGCGCAUCUGUUUUCAGUAGCGACGAAAGUUUCGGCAUGAUCCGUAGUGGCCGUAUCGAUGUUACCAUUCUCGGCGCCAUGCAAGUCAGCGCAACAGGCGACUUGGCGAACUGGAUGCUCCCAGGAAAGGUCAAAGGCUUUGGAGGUGCGAUGGACCUUGUUAGCAACCCGACCAAGACAAAGGUCAUUGUCACCAUGGAACAUACAGACAAGAAGGGUAAUCCCAAAAUCUUGAACCAGUGUUCUUUUCCCCUCACAGGCCGGGCGUGCGUAUCGCGCAUCAUCACAGAUUUGGGAGUGUUUGAUGUGGACUUUGCGACGGGUUUGACGCUGGUUGAAAUCGCUCAUGGUGUCACUGUGGAUGAGGUUAAGGCUAAGACCGAAGCUCCUUUUUCUGUUGCUGAGCCACUGAAGUCAAUGACAGGAGUAUGA